CCGGUUACACCACACUCUCGCUUGUUUAUUACGGAAGUGACGUCACGCAGUAGCACGGCUGUAUUUACUGUCCGACUUCAAGGUUUUGGAAACGUAUUGUUAGCUAGGACGCUUAAUACAUCCAUGCUAGUACGGCGGUUUCUGAAGUAGCUAAAAUAGCAUGCACUAUUCGCAUUAAAUACAUUGAAACAUUAAUAUAGCAGUGGUGACAAUAAAUAAACAGCAACAGUUUUGCAUGUGCGGCGUUCAGGAACUAUAACCUAGUAACAUUAGCUAGCUAGCUAUCGCUAUAUCUUCGAGAUGGAGUGCUAUCAAAAUAGAAAAAAAUACCUUUUAGCAUAAUGUUAGCUUUCUAGCCUAAGUUUGACAGCAACAGUGAAACGACGUGCGCUAUGUAAUGUCAAACCAAUCGACCCGCUCGCUUUUCCUUACCGUUUCUUGCUGUCCAAGCGGUGACAGCUAGCUUGCUAACGUUAACUGGCUAGCCGAUGUCUUGUUUACCCAACAGUCUGUUUACCAUUAUGGACAGGGAGGCGUACCGUAACUGCUGCAGCCUGGUCAAAAUACCAAGACAGUCGUAUGAACAGUUUUGGUCAUCACAUUUUGUUGACUACAUCGACAAGGAGCUGAGCUAUUCUAAGUUUUUCAAGAAAUACUUGCUUCCCAAUCACCCCUGUAUGUUUUCAAGAAGGUUUACGGAGAACUGGAAGUGUAGAAAACAGUGGGUGUCUGAGGAGGGGAAGCCUAAUUUCCAGAAACUGCUGCAAGAGUUUGAUGAGAUUCCUGUUCCUGUUGCAAAUUGCAAUGCAAAGGAGUACAAUGCAAACCCUAAACAAGUUAUGCCUUUUAAAGAAUUUAUACUCUACUGGAAGGAAUACAUCCAGUAUGGCCACUCAUCACCUAAAGGAUGUCUCUAUCUUAAAGACUGGCACAUGUCAAGGGACUUUCCAGAACAUAAUGUUUACACCACACCGGUUUUCUUUUCUUCUGACUGGCUUAAUGAAUACUGGGAUACACUUGAAGUGGAUGACUACCGAUUUGUCUACAUGGGACCUAAAGGGUCAUGGACCCCGUUCCAUGCGGAUGUGUUUCGCUCCUACAGCUGGUCUGCAAACAUCUGUGGCAGGAAGAAAUGGCUCCUGUAUCCCCCAGGUCAGGAAGAGUUUCUACGAGACACUCACGGCAACCUCCCUUAUGAUGUAACAUCAGCUGAGCUUCGAGACAGAGGCCUUUUUCCACACUCCGAAGAAGCCUGUCAACCUCUUGAAAUUAUUCAAGAGGCAGGUGAAAUAAUUUUUGUGCCCAGUGGCUGGCACCACCAAGUUUAUAAUCUGGAGGACACUAUCUCUAUUAAUCAUAACUGGCUGAAUGGCUGCAACGUAGACAUCAUGUGGCAGUUCCUUCAGAUUGAGCUUUUGUCCGUUCAAAAAGAGAUAGAGGAGUGGAGAAACACGAUGGACUCGUGGCAUCAGCAUUGCCAGGUCAUUAUGAAGGCCUGCUCUGGUAUUAAUUAUGCAGAAUUUGCCUCAUUCCUGAAAAUCAUUGCUGACAACCGAAUGGCUUUCCUGAAUGCUUGUUCCUCUGGGGAUUCCUCCGAUUGCCCACGGCAUCUCUCAGAGACCCUCACCACACUUGGACCUUACCAUGCUGCCUUUGACCUACAAAGAGUGGCUCACAUAAUUGAAUGCCUACUCUGCAAUGAAGACUUUAAGAGGCUCGAUCAUUCAACUUUGCAGCCAGAAACCAUGUUGCAGCAAAUUCGGGACACAAUACAAUCCACAAGGGGGCAGCAUCUCCUUUAUCAGGAAUAAGAUGUUCAGUGGCGUCUCAACAAUGUUAUCAUCACCCGGAAAUGGCUUGAACGAAAAGUGCCAAUUUGUACAGUGCGAAAAAAAGAUGAUAAAGGUUUUACUACACUUUUGAUUUGAGAUGAAUUGCAAUCUCAAAUUUUCAAUGUUUGGAAUUAGUUUUUGCACUGAAAAAAAAAAUAAAAAUACAAAAGUU